CCCAGCCCUUAACCUUCCCAUACUGAGUGCUGCAGCUCCAGAAGCAGCAGCAGCAGCAGCACAGUCUGUGUGUAUGUGUGUUGAGUGUGUGCAAUGUGAGGGAGGGAGGAUUUUCUUUCUUUCUUUCUUUUUUUUUUUUUAUUAAUCAGGAGCACUGAAUGGAAACCAAUCAGAUAGAGAGCCCCCUCGGCUUCAGCUCCCUGCAUGCUAGAGUUAAAAGUGAUGCUGGGAGAGAGGGAGCCCCACUUAGAUGUCAGUAGAUUCAGCAGUGGAGGUGAGAGGCAAGAGUGGAGAAAAGCAGGCAGAGAAGCAGCCCUGCUACCACACUGACCACUGUAUUACUGAAUGAGAACUGAGCACUUGUCCUCUUUCUUCUCUUCUUACCGGAAGAAAAUGUUUCUUAAAAAAAUUAAGAAAAAAGGGUCCCAGGACGUAUAUUUUCCAUGAAGUUCCUGCUCCUGGCUUCCAUUUUUUCUUCAGAAGAAAGAACAUAGAGCAUAUGGUUUCCAUGAGAAAAGAUCAGAAGAGUGAGACUCAUACUGGAACAUGAAGCAUUUGAACUGAGACACAAAAUGGCAGGUGCCUCACAACUGCAGGGAUUCUUUGAGAUUGCAAAGAACAUUAAAAACAUAAGAAGGAAUGAGGAAGGAUCCUGUACAGUAAAGUAGAUCUCUUUAAGGACAAGAAAGAAAUCAUUGCUUGGACCUUUUUCUGCUGUCAUAAUGAGAACUUACCAUUGCUUCUGGUUGCUGCUUUGGGUUGGGCAGCACCAUCAAAGUUCCUCAUCUCCAUUAUCCAAAAGGACUAGUGGCUUCCCAGUAAAGGAAAAGGUCUUGGAAGUGUCUGGAAAUAACAGGAAGGAGCUUAAUCGUUCCAAAAGGAGCUGGAUGUGGAAUCAGUUCUUUCUCUUGGAAGAAUACACAGGAUCUGACUAUCAGUACGUUGGCAAGCUGCAUUCAGACCAAGAUAAAGGAGAUGGCUCACUUAAGUACAUCCUUUCUGGAGAUGGAGCUGGAGAUCUUUUCAUUAUCAAUGAAAACACUGGAGACAUACAGGCUACAAAGAGACUAGACAGGGAAGAAAAGCCUGUUUAUAUACUUCGGGCCCAGGCAAUAAACAGGAAGACUGGAAAACCAGUGGAACCAGAGUCUGAAUUCAUCAUUAAGAUCCAUGACAUCAAUGACAAUGAGCCAAUGUUUACAAAGGAUGUUUACAAUGCCAGCGUUCCAGAAAUGUCAGAUGUCGGUACAUUUGUUGUGCAAGUCACUGCAACCGACGCUGAUGAUCCUACUUACGGCAACAGUGCUAAAGUUGUCUACAGCAUUCUCCAGGGACAACCAUAUUUCUCAGUUGAGUCUGAGACAGGCAUUAUCAAAACUGCUUUGCUGAACAUGGAUCGAGAAAACAGGGAGCAAUACCAAGUGGUCAUCCAGGCCAAGGACAUGGGUGGACAGAUGGGAGGAUUAUCAGGGACCACCACAGUGAACAUCACACUGACUGAUGUCAAUGACAAUCCACCUCGCUUCCCACAGAGCACAUAUCAAUUCAAAACACCUGAGUCUGCCUUACCUGACUCACCGAUUGGUAAGAUAAAAGCUAAUGAUGCUGAUGUGGGUGAAAAUGCCAAGAUUGAAUACAGUAUUACUGAGGGGGAUGGAUCAGACAUGUUUGGGAUCAUCACUGACAAAGACACACAGGAAGGAAUUAUAACUGUCAAAAAGGCUUUAGAUUUUGAAAAGAAAAGGCUGUAUACUCUGAAAGUGGAAGCUACCAAUACUCACGUAGAAGCACGAUUCCUCUACUUGGGGCCAUUCAAGGACUCUGCUACAGUUAGAAUUUUGGUGGAAGAUGUGGACGAGCCACCGGUGUUCAGCAGACCAGCAUAUAUAAUAGAAGUUAAAGAAGAUGCUCAGAUAAACAGCGUUAUAGGAACAGUGUCAGCUCAAGAUCCUGAUGGUGCCAAGAAUCCUGUCAAGUAUUCUGUAGAUCGGCAUACUGAUAUGGACAGAGUAUUCAACAUCAAUUCUGGAAACGGUUCAAUAUUUACUUCAAAACCCCUUGACCGGGAAACAGUGCUGUGGCACAACAUUACAAUAAUAGCAGCAGAGAUCAACAACCCAAAGCAAAGCAGCCGUGUCCCUGUGUUCAUUAAGGUUUUGGAUGUAAAUGACAAUGCCCCAGAGUUUGCUAUGUUUUACGAGACCUUCGUCUGUGAAAAUGCAAAGGCAGAACAGCUGAUACAGACCCUAAGUGCUGUUGAUAAGGACGACUCAUUUGGUGGACACCAGUUUUCAUUCUCCCUGGCUCCUGAAGCAGCCAGUAGUUCAAACUUCACGCUACAGGACAACAGAGACAACACAGCAGGGAUCUUCACCCGAAAAAACAGAUAUAGCCGACAUGAAAUGAGUAUGUACCUCCUGCCUGUGGUAAUAUCAGACAAUGAUUACCCUAUCCAGAGCAGCACAGAAACAGUGACUAUCCGAGUGUGUGCCUGUGACCAUCGGGGGAAGAUGCUGUCAUGUAAUGCAGAAGCAUUAAUCCAUCCCACUGGCCUUAGCACAGGAGCUUUGAUUGCCAUUCUCCUCUGCAUCAUUAUAUUACUAGUUACAGUGGUGUUGUUUGCAGCUCUGAGGCGGCAGCGAAAGAAAGAACCUUUGAUUAUUUCCAAAGAGGACAUCAGAGACAACAUUGUCAGUUACAAUGAUGAAGGUGGUGGAGAAGAAGAUACCCAAGCUUUUGAUAUUGGUACAUUGAGAAACCCUGAAGCCAUAGAAGACAAUAAAUUACGCAGAGACAUCGUGCCAGAAACACUUUUUAUGCCACGCCGGACUGCAGCAGUACGAGAUAACACUGAUGUCAGAGAUUUCAUUAACCAAAGGUUAAAGGAAAAUGAUAUAGACCCCACUGCACCCCCAUAUGACUCUUUAGCAACCUACGCAUAUGAAGGUAAUGGCUCCGUUGCAGAGUCCCUCAGCUCCUUGGAGUCGGUGACUACGGAUGGAGAUCAAGACUAUGAUUAUCUCAGUGACUGGGGGCCUCGGUUUAAAAAAUUGGCUGAUAUGUACGGCGCUGUGGACAGUGACAAAGACUCUUAAUAUGUUGCCUUUUUCAUUUCCAGAAACAGCAUUGAGAUACGUGAAGUGGUUAUUUCUUUCUAUAUAUCCACAGCUCUGUGAAAGGAUUCUCUAUUCUACCAGUUCUAAUUGUCUAAUGACUGCAGUCUGUGUGGAUCAAAUGUCAGAAAACUUUUUUCUAGUAUAAUUUUAUGAGCUUCCAAGAGGCAAGAUUUUUAUUUUUGAGUUCACCUUAUUUACCAAGCCAGUCAUACAGGCACAGAAUAAGCAGAGGGAAAUGGCAAUUGGAGGAGAGCAAUAUUUUUACUUGUUCUGCUUAUAUUGUAAAUUAGAGUAUAUUACUGUUCCAUCUCACUUAACCUUUUUACUGUAUUCAGAUUAUACAGUUCAGAUGACUGCUCUGUCGAUUGUGUAUUGCACAUCCUAAUGUAAUGAGGUAUUACAAUUUAACCUAAAUAUUAUAGUCAAAAGUAACACUGAUGGAAUGAAGGUUUAUUAUACAACUAGAGUCAGCUGAAAAGACUAUAAGGACAAGAUGAGAGUCAAUCUUAUUCAUGAAUUUAAAAAGGUCUAAUGGCCAUUUAAAUAUAAGCAUUUUCUUUGAACUUGCCAUUGCCCUCGAGCAUAAAACCACAAUAACACAUUGCAUAUAAUUCUCUGUAGACCACUGUGUGUAUAUUCUUUUGACCUAGCAUUCAUAGGGAAAUGCUAUAUGAUCCACAGUGUGUGAAAUCUAUACCUCGAAGGGCAGUAUUCCUAGGGACUAGUCCAGUGCUAACACCAUCUCUGUGACACUGUGCAAGUCAUCUAAUCACUUGGGGCUAGAUUGUGACUUGGAGUAAGCCUUCACAAGGAACAGAAUGUAGCUGUGCUGUAUCCUAUACUAGGCACAGACUAUUUCCCCCUGUACACCUGUGGUGGCCAGCAAGUUAGUGAGAUGGAGUCAGACUCCAGUCAUUCCUCUGCUUACCCAUAUGUGUAGGAAGUGAAUGACAGCCCUAAGGAGACUGCCACCCUCAGGCUUUGCAAGUACAAAGAAGUAAAGAGGUACCCUGCAUCCUUAAGUUCAUAUACAAUUUGAUUUGCUGAUUCCAUUUUUUGACGUCAGUAAAUUGGAAGGAUACUGCUUGUGUCACAGGGAUGUUGCAAGGAUUAGAUGGAUACAGUUUCAAACCUUCUUUGAAGAUGGAAAGAUCGAAAAUAUUUUCACAGUAAGUCACUGCUAAUCAUUUUUGUAACUACAAGCCCUGAAUGCGGAAAUAAAUAGAAAUCAUUCAGCAUUCCAGUGGUGAGAACAAGAAGGGUUUAGUACACUCUCCUUGCUAUGUGUGUCAACCAGUGUUCAAGAUUUCAGGAGAGAGCAUUUGAAACAGAUGGUUUCUUCAUUUUAUGUACCAAGCCAAGAGAAGCCAUUUCUUGUUCAAGGGAAAACAAUGAUGCUAUAGUACUUGGUACAGGCUGAUAUCUCCCCUUUACAAUUCAAGUGCAUGAUGCAAAAGUAAUCAACAAAGUAUUCUUUCUUUUAGGAUGUCAAGGGAAAUAUGUAACCAAUACUUUUCUAAUUCAGUUACCUGAAUUACUCUAUCAAAGGACCAUAUUACCACUUUAACAAAACAAGUUAUUUUUAACAUAUGAAAAAAAACCCUGAAGUUUCUCUUUAUAUAUUCAAUUGUAUCUUAAGGUUUAAAUUCCACUCAAUAGGGUUUUUUUUUUCUUUCCUUGAAACCAUAAAUAACCAUAAAUAAAUAAACCAUAAAUAACUCAGUUUGAACAAAAACCAAAAACUUAUUCGUUUAUUCAACAAUACAAAGACCAGACCGAACUUAAAAGUCAGCAAAUUAAAAGGGACAAAGGGAAACAAAUACCAUAUAAUCUGUGGGACUCAUUGCUUCAGGAAUGUUAAUUAUAGGUUUAAUGAGAUUCCAAAAAGAAUUAGACAUAAGUAUAUUUUUUUUGGAUAAAAUAUCAAGGAAAUAAAGUAAAAAGAUAUCAGCCUUGGUACAUCAAACUGAAUACCAACUUGGCUUAGAAGGAAAUCUCCUCCCAGUUCAAUGUGAUUACACAACUGAGAGUUUGAAGCCAAAUUUCUACAAAUACCCAGGGUCCUGACAAUGUCGACAGAUGCUUAAUGGAAUAUUCAAACAUGCAUAAGGCUGAGAAGAUCAAAGGCACCUUUAUUUCAGAUGUCAAAGGAACUUGAUAUCAAGGAGUUAUGUACUUAAAUAUCUUUGAAGAUCUGGACCUUACUGCCUAAUGCAACAAUCAGAGUUAGAGGACUAGACAUUUUGAAAAUCCCAUUAAGCACAUCUUCUCUUUAACCACCUAAAUUCCACUAGAAAUCAGGCUUGUUAUGCUUUCCCUUAACUAAUGUUACAUUAGCCAUUAUUUGGGGCAAAAUGACAAGUUAGAUGCAUCACUGGCCUGUUCUGGUAAAAUACAUUACUUAUGUUCUUAUAGGCUAAAGCAUUAGGUCUGAAUUAGUGAUAUGUAGUAGCAGUUCAGGCUACAAUUUUGAUUUUUAUUGACAGAUAGUUUUAUCUUGUCGGUAAAAUGACAUAGUAACUAGAGAAUGGGCCAUUCAUGCUUGUAUGAACAGAUAUAAAACUGUGUCAUUUACCGAUACCAAAAUUAUAGUGACAAACUGGGUAUGUCUACAUGCGCAAUUAAUGUAAAAUAAUAAACUAUGGAGUUUAUUGCUCCUGCAUGUGCCAUUUGAACAUAUGCCUGGGACCGUAGCAUAUUGAGUCAGCUGGAAGGGGGCUCAGGGAUUAGCCCGUUAGUCCAGGAUUUCUCCCUCCCUGGCUCAAUGUGCUGCAAAGGGACUGGCUGGGGCAUGAGGGUGCUCCAGUGCAGGGAUAGCUGGCAGACAGCCUAAUCAGUGUCUACACAUGCACUUCUAUGGAGUAAAAAACUUGACAGCAGGAUAGUACCUGUAAAUACUUGUAUUUACAGGUACUAUCCUGCUGCAGGAUUAAUUACUCAAGCCUAAUUGCCCUGCACAUGUAGACACCAAGACAUUUACUGUGGAGCUAAUUAGUCAACCCCACACUAUAUGUUUCAUGUAGAUGGGCCCACUGAGUAGCAAAUACAUUCAUCUAAGAAAUUCUCCUGAGGCAGGUGCGUACAUACUCACACCUUUUUCUUUUUCCAUUCAGUUUAUCAGCAAUGAUUUUUUUCUCAAAUGAGAUGUACGUAGCAUCUCAUCUAGCAAAAGGUGUCAAAUUCAGCCUUUUCUUUUUCCUUCACAGCUUGGGUUGGCAACUUAUGGCCCACAGGCCAUAUUCAGCCUGUGAAACCUUUGGACCUGGCCCAUGGACAUGGAGCUUUGGUGGUGGGUGUUGCCUUCUUUGGGCACACUCUCUGUGCCACAGUAUGGAGGAGUGCUGGCCACAGGCACUUUCCCCAUGCUGCUGGCAAAAUAAAUGGUGAUGGCAGCAUCCUAGCACCUGCCCACCUCUGACCAUAUCUUGACUCAUUCUGGCCCACAGCCAGAAAAGGUUACCUAUGGGUGUCCUGGUACCACAUUAUCCUUUAUCUCCUGUACUACAAAGUGCAAUUAAAGAAUACCAGUUCUGAACAACAAAUAUUUCAAGUGCCAUAUUACAAUAAAGAAAAUUUGCAGUAGUAUUUGCAUUUCAGCUUGUACUAUUAGUGGAUGAAAGGACUAUGCCAAACUAACUCAUGAGCAGGGAAAGGCAGUUAGCAGUGUUAGUCUAAAGUAAGGUAGAAGGCAGAGUAGAGAUACACUUUAUAGAUUAACUUAAUCAGAGAUGCAUAAGCUUUCAUGAGCAAGAGCAAAAGCAACAGCUCACUUUGUGCUAUCAAAUUUAUGCACCUCUGAU